UUCAUCCAUAUCCACUAGUAAAAAUCUUCCUUCAUUAAUAUACAUUUUUUAUUUCCUAUGUAUCUUCACAAGGAAAUUUGUACUUGAGAAGAAUGGGAGGUGGAAAGGAUAAGCAUGCACACAAUCCUCCCGGAGGACAGUAUCCUCUUGGAAGACAAUAUCCUCCCGGACAGUAUCCUCCGGGACAGUAUCCUCCAACACCCGAAGGAUACCCUCCACAACCUGGGGCUUACCCUCCUCAGCGAGGAUAUCCACCACAAGGUUAUCCUCCGGCACAGGGAUAUCCACCUACAGGAUAUCCUCCACAAGGGUAUCCGCCUGCAGGAUAUCCUUCUCAAGGGUAUCUGCCUGCAGGAUACCCUAGUCAACCUGUUCCACACCAUGGAGGGCAUCACGGAAUGAUGGCGGCCGGAGUUGCAGCCGCGGGAGUGGCAGCUGUAGGAGCGGCCGCGUAUGGUGCUCAUCACAUGGGGCACGGCGGAGGUCAUUACCCUGCACAUGGUGCUGCUCAUUAUGGACAUUAUAAUCAAGGAAAGCAUGGCAAGUUUAAGCAAGGGAAGGGACAUGGCAAGUUUAAGAAAGGGAAAGGUCAUGGCAAAUUUGGCAAGAAACAUGGAGGCAAAUUUAAGAAGCGGAAGUAACUAACUAGUCAUAGUAUACUUUAACUUCACAUUUUUGCUUCUACACUUUCUCUACACAAAUAAAGUAGUAGUAUAGGUGCAGCGGAUGAGGUUGCUUCUUCCUUAAUCAGAGGCCUCGGGUUCGAGCCUUGGGUAUGAAAAAAUCCUUGGUAGGGAACGCUUCCCCCUGAAUGGGACCCUAUGCGAUGCAAAUCUAGAUUAGUCGAAUUCUAAUACGGGUACCAGUCACCGGAUAAAAACAAAAAAAAAUAGUAGUAGAGGUUUGUGUUCUUAGUGCCAAUAGGCAUGAGAAGUAAUAUUUUUUUUUUUCUAACUUUAGAAGGGACUUAGCGUAAUCAUAAUAGUUUCUCUCACGUGAGAAGGCUUACAUAUUCAAGUCCCAUGAAAACAACGUCCUACAUAAAUGUAAAAUAAACUUACGUAUAAUAGAUUCAAUGUAAUAUAGCUCUUUUCGGAUCUUGCACAUAGCGAGAGUUUUGUGAACUAAGCUGCUUUUUUUCUUUUUA